AUCAACAACAGAGUCGGUCUGUGGAGCUAACGUUACCGAGGGACAGAGCUCGAGUGUUGUUUUGAAUUUGCUAGAAGACACCGACAGGAGGGGGGGUAGGGUCUGUGGAUAAGAUGGCGGAUGUAGGAGACGAUGAAACUCGGUCGGCUCUCCCUUCGGCAUCCCGUAACGGUCCGGUUGUCGUUUCGUCGGCGGGCACCACGGGCCAAAUCGUAGCUACGGCAACAUCAGGUCCACGGGUGGUGAGGAUUGUCAAGUCCGAGUCCGGCUACGGGUUCAAUGUUCGCGGUCAAGUUAGUGAAGGAGGACAGCUCCGGAGCAUCAACGGGGAACUGUACGCUCCUCUUCAGCAUGUUAGCGCUGUUUUGCCCGGAGGUGCGGCGGACCGAGCUGGGAUAGCGAAGGGUGACCGGAUCCUGGAGGUUAAUGGGGUGAGCGUGGAAGGUGCCACCCAUAAGCAGGUAGUGGACCUGAUCCGUGCAGGGGAGAAGGAGCUGGUCCUGGCUGUGCUCUCUGUUCCACCUCAGGAGGCUGAUGGAUUGGAAGGAGUAGAGGAUGUCCAACCCAACUAUGACUACAGUGAUAAGCAGGCUGUGCCCAUUUCAAUUCCCACAUAUAAACAUGUAGAGCAGCACUCGGAGAGGUUUGUGGUGUACAAUGUGUACAUGUCAGGUAGACAGCUGUGCUCAAAGCGAUACCGAGAAUUUGCCAUCCUGCACCAGAACCUAAAGAGGGAGUUUUCCAACUUCAACUUCCCAAAGCUUCCUGGGAAAUGGCCCUUCUCCCUCUCUGAGCAGCAGCUGGAUGCUCGCCGUAGAGGCCUAGAGGAAUAUCUUGAGCGAGUUUGCUCUGUGCGGGUGAUCGGGGAGAGUGACAUCAUGCAGGAGUUUCUCUCUGAAUCAGAUGAGAACUACAAUGGAGUAACGGAUGUAGAACUGCGCAUAGCCCUGCCAGACAAGACCACCAUCUCUGUCAGAGUCCGUAAGAACAGCACAACAGACCAGGUGUACCAGGCAUUAGUGAUGAAGGUUGGAAUGGACAGUAUUAUGGCGAGCUACUUUGCCCUUUUUGAAGUCAUCAACCACUCCUUUGUACGAAAGCUGGCACCUAAUGAGUUUCCCCACAAGCUUUAUGUGCAGAACUACACAUCGGCAGUGCCGGGGACUUGCUUGGCGCUUCGCAAAUGGUUGUUCAGCUUCCAGGAGGAGGAGUUGCUCAGAGACAACCCGCUGGCACUGCACUACUGCUUUCACCAGGCACUGGAUGAUGUGAAGAAGGGAUUCAUAAAAACGGAGGACAAAUCCUACCAGCUGCAGAAACUGGCAGAGCAGCGCAAGAUGGCCACGUACCUGAGCCUGUUGCGGACAUGUGAGGGCUACAAUGAGGUGAUGUUCCCCCACUGCUCCUGCGACUCCAGGAGGAAGGGGCAUGUCAUCACAGCUAUCAGCAUCAAUCACUUCAAGCUGCACGCUUGCACUGAGGACGGCACGCUGGAGAACCAGGUGAUAGCUUUUGAGUGGGGGGAGAUGCAGCGUUGGGACACUGACGAGGAGGGGAUGGCCUUCUGCUUUGAGUACGCAAGAGGGGAGAAGAAACCUCGCUGGGUCAAGAUCUUCACUCCAUAUUUUAACUACAUGCACGAGUGCUUUGAGCGGGUCUUUUGUGAGCUGAAGUGGAGGAAACAGGUUGAGGAAGAGGCAUCUGACAAAGACAACAAAAACUGCAGUAACAAUGAGUUUCUGCCUCCUCUUGAGACACAGCAGAAGGGAUGGCGCCACCUAGGGGGGGAGAUUGCAACUUCCUAAAACCAUUGGUCAUCACUCGAACUAGAACUGGUCCACUUGCAUCAUCACAGCCACCCCUGAGAGUGCCCAUCAACAAACACAGAACUGAGUGACAGACUGAGGCGAUCCAUGCCCCGAAAACAAACUGGAAGUGACCAAUUUGGGAAAUUGGAAUUGUCACACCUAACCAAACCCAGGGAUACACACAGCAAGAAGAGCAAUGAAGGAAAAUCAACAAAAGCCAACUUUCAUGUCAUUUACUAGAUCUCCAUAGUGUGUCUGUUGUUUUCCUCCAUACAUCUGCCCUGUGAUGUGGGCAGGACACAAGCAAAUUCUCGCCACUGGUUGAGAUGUAAUACAUAUCUACAGUGUGUGAUUGGUCAGAGUUACCACAGCGCUGCAACACAGUUUGCGCAAAGGGAGCACCUCGACGAAAUGCCACUUUACGAUGGGGUGGGAUCCUGACGGUCGGUUCUCCCAACACGAUCGACUCAGCCUGAAGCCCUCAGCGUGGCCCUCGUCUGCUGAACUGAGCUAUGACGAAGGAGAUGAAAAUAAGAAGGGAGGGAUGCAGAAAAACGGCAGGUUUCACUUCUUUCAGUUAGUGAGAAAGAAAGAAAGAAAAAUCAUGCUUUACACUGAUGCUGGACAUUAACACAGAAUUGAUGUUUUCUAUCUGAGGUCAGAAGUGGUCUGUCUUUGUCAGAAAACAUAAGUGACGCAAAUGUAACUUACUGAAAACGAACGUGAGGGGACAUGUUCAUAAUUAUGUGUAUGUUUAACAAUCUUACUUCUGAUAAAAUAUAGAUUAAUAUAAGUCCUAUAAUAAUUGGUUUCUUGAUCUAACACAAUGAAACACUAACUUAAUUGCAUUCAGACUGCUUUUACUAAUCUCCAUUUACCACGAUGUCUUCUGUCCUAACCCACUCUACUUCAGAACGACGUCUGUUGGCAGUCGACCAUUUAAGUCAGUAUGGGUCUUUAUCCCCCUUGCAAGUGUUUUAUUGUGGUGAUUUUGCAGAGCUUGGGAGCUGAAAGGACGAGGCUUUCUCAUUCUCAGCUCUGUGCAGGAAUUACAGUUGAACAAAGGGUUGAUGGGCCAAAGUUUUAAUGUCUUUAAAUGUCACAUGUUCUUCAUGAGGAAUCUGAUGAACAGAUUAUGAAUAUUAUUAGGACAGGACAGGAGAGUUCUAAGUGUCUGGUAAGCUGCUGUUUUCUGAACAGACAGCAGGGGGCAGCAGAGUGUAAGACACGUUAAGUUGUAGAUUUUGAAGGAAAAAAAAAUCUCAGAGCCUCUUAAAAGAGUGAUCCCUCGGGCUCUGUAACUCACCCAAAAGUAUCCUUCCUCUGCAGUUUGUCCAUUAACCACGUCAGGAGGACAGAUGGUGUGUGUGUGCGGGUGUGUUAUACAGAGAGUAGAUGGUGCAUGAAGUUGUGUGACUGCAACCACAGCCAUCAGCAUACAUAGCAAUGCAGACAGCCGUCUGCCUCUUACUGAACCUAAAUUGAUACAGUAUUAGUUGUGUGUAUGCACAUAAUGUGAUUAUACGAAAGUUUUAUGAUUUACACUGAUUUGAUUUGUUUUGUUUUGAAGCAGCAUUUCAAUUUUUUUCAUACAACAAUAACAGGUUUACUUGUGUUUUUGUUUUUCUUGCCUGAAUGGAGACAGUGCGCGUUAAUGAACUGAUUUCACCUAAGUGUGAAUGAGAGAUAGAGUUUCGUUUAUCCCAGUAAGGGCUAGAAGUUUAUCUCAGCCGAUUCAUUACUGACUUGUUCUUGUCCUUCACUCGCUGUCUGGCAGCAACCAAAAAGCUGAAACCGAGAGCGACGUUUCUUUUCUUACUAACUCUGACUUGUAGAGCAGGUUCAAGUUUUUUUUUUUACAGUUGAUCUUAGAUUUUGGUUCAACAAAAUGUGUAUUUCAUGACUAGGUUUAGUCAUAAUUUGUUUUCGGUCAGUUGCCUUGGAGCAGUAUGUGCAUGUGUGCUGGGUUUGUGUGUGUCCUCUAUGUUUAUCAUUGACAUUGCUGAUAAGCUUUUAGGCUCUGAUUGGACGUGUCUGAUGAGCUGUCGGUGUGAGAGCCGGCAAAUGAAGAUGGGAUUUUGUAUCUGUACGACAGCGGAGACACCAGACAGAUGGAGACAAAUGGGAGGCGUCUCCUAUUGUCUAGCUAAUAUUCACAACCACUCACAUGCUUUUUCAGCAUAACACACACACACACACACACACACACACACACACACACACACACAUAUCCCUGUCUCAGUGCUACUCUGUGUUAGUGGUUUGACAAAAUUGUUACGUGCAACAACACAAGCUAUUUUGUUAUUCCUGUUGUUUCCUCUGAGGACUGGCUUCAGUUAUACAACAGCCUAUAGCAAUACAUACCACACUUUAGUAGCAUGUUGUGUGUUUUAUGCACACACCAGAGACAGCUGGAACGAGAGAGAAACUGCAAUGUGCAGACUGCUGGAUGGUCAUUUUGACAGCUAAAGUAAUAGCCAAUUUAGAGAUGGAUGACAAAAGAAUUAAAGCUGUUCAACCAUGAUGUUUUUUUUUUUUUCUUCAUAAGCUGUAGAGGGAGAGGCAGAUAGAGGUUGUGUGAUUGUGUGUGUUGGCCUGUCUGUCCUCUGCUCUUACUCUCUCCAGGUUGGUCCCCCAUCAUCACAGGGGGAUGUGGUUGCCGUGGCAGCACCACGUUGGCUCAGCACGCUCAGUGCAGCCUCUGUUCCUUUUAUUCCUGUCAGCCAACUGUCUCACUCCUCCCAAUAAUGUAUUCAAAGCAGUGUUUUUUACUGUUUGAUGUUUGUUCUAUGUCCCCGUGGCUUGUGCUGCUGUGAAUAAGCUUUUAGAAAGCUGCUGUUUUUUAUAUUUUUGUGUUUCGGUUUGUCUCGUCUGCACUAGGUGCCAUCUGUCCGUCAGUCACUAGCAGGUGUGCAUACUGUCAGUUGUCGUCCGUUUCGGUCAUCAGUGAGAUAAAUGUCAUAGUAACAGUGUUUAGGUGAAAGCAGGGAGAUGACAGGAAUGUUAAGAAGCACGUCUUUGUACGGUUGGCCUGUGUUUGAUAGUUUUUGUUCGUCGGUGUGCACUGUGCUGUGGGCCACCUGUGUUUGUAUUUGAGAUGCUGGACAGCCUGGGCUUGUAAGUGAAUGAUUAUUUACAAAAAGGAUUGAAUUUUACACAGGAUUUUUACAGAUAAAUAGAAUAUUGGAUGGUACAACAAACACGGUGGCAGUAGACUAAAAAGAUAAAAUAAAUAAUGUGUGGACUUCACAUGAAACUCAGAAAGUUUGUGUUCAUCAAAACCGCCACUGAAAUGCUCAUGUAAAUGAUGCAGUUGCUAUGGUAACACAUUUGUUCCCUGAGUCUCGUGUGCCAAAUCAGCAAUGAUUUCCAUAGCAUCAUUCAGUGGCUGAUAUCGUAUAAGAUCUUUUCUGUUAGUUCAAAUUCGAACAGCAUUUCACAGGGCUCUGACUCGAGUGUUUGAAGUGGCGUCUAUGAGGACGCCCAGUCAGUCGUUUUCCUUUGACGCCGAUGGUUCAGUCGGAGCCGGGAUGUUAGUCCCAUCAUCAGCGCUUUUGUGUAGACUUGAAGUUCAUCGACCUCCGGAAUGCACAUCUGGCUUGGAGGGCAUUAGCUGCUGGCUUUUCCAUUUCAGCUGACAUGUCCUACCUAUGACUAACUGAAGGGUGGAUGUAAGUGCUGUUUAUAAAGUGUUAACCUUUGUGUGAUUAAUUUUUGUUCAUUGCUUUGAAACACAGGGCUUUCCCAUGACAAGUAGGCAGCAACAUUAAUUAAAAAUCUAAGCCUUGUUUGUCUUCAGCAUAAGCUGUAAAUAGCUGUUUUAAAAAGAUAGUAUCCUUUGGACAAAAUGCACUCUUGUUUCUCCAACUCAAAACAUUUAUUUAUUUAAGCAGAAAUUAUAAAGAUUGGGGAAAUGAUAGUGUACAAUGAGCCACCGUCGAUCAUUAGUUUUGUGCGUGGGGAAGGGCUGUAUGGAGGAUUAGCUAACCACACAAUGAAACGAGCCGUUUAAAAGAGAAGCGCUGUUGCAUUUAAUAAGUGUCGAAAGACCUCAAUUAACACCUGAUGCAGAACUAGGCUACAAAAUGGAGAGUUUUAUAUAUCUAAAAAAUACACACACACAAAGGUUUACUAAUCAAUAUAAGAAAAAGGACAAAAAGGUUUGAAAAUGUGUAAAGUAAUAAAUUGUAACAAUAUUUUAAAUAAAGUUAUAUAUUGGGAAAAAUG